UCGUGAUGAGUUUUAAUGCAUGUGAUUAAUGAAAAUAGACUUUCUCCACGAUUCCGGAGCCAAUGGUAUACUUUGUUUUUCGAUUCGGACAACUUUUUCCCUGAUUUUACUGUUGCUGUACUGUUACAAAAAACAUGCUUCCACUCGGAAUUUGGACGAAUCGAGUUCAUUUUUGAGUCCUUUGGCCCGUUUGUAGGCUACCAUAUGGCUAGUAACGAGGAUCACCCACAUGGUGAUGAGACCGUUGGUGGUGCGGAAAGGGAAAUUAAACGUGGAAUAACGGUUAUGAAGAAAGUUAUUCGAGAUAGAGAUCGAGGCGUUUUAAUAAAAGUGCAUUGGAACGAAGGUGGACAACUAAUUGAGCCUAACGGUUCAACAUUGACAAGUUUUAUUGGUGCAUUGGUAAGGAAUGAAGUUCCAAUUACUUGUGAUAAUUGGAGAAAUAAACAAUUGAACGAAGCUAAAGACAAAAUAUGGAGUGAGAUAAAGAGGUGUUUCGACAUCGAAGAAAACAGAAGAGAUCAUUGUCUCAAAUUGGCCGGAAAGUUACUAAGAGGGUUUAGAACCUUUUUAUCAACCACCUUUCUUAGGGAUACGGAAGGUACUUUUGUUGAUGCAGAGCUUCCAUCUAAAUAUGCAAGUUUGAUUUCACCUAAAGAAUGGGAAACGUUUAAAUCCAAACGAAAAACCCAAGAAUUUAAGAGUGUAAGUGAAACAAACCGGCAAAGAGCAUCAAGUCCGGCGUAUCCCUAUAGAAAAGGGCGUGUUGGAUAUGGACGCUUAGAGCAGUCUAUAUUAACAAAGGAGAAUAGUUCUGAAACAUCUCUUCCGGCACAUGUUUUGUGGAAGGAAGCCCGUGUCGGUAAGGAUGGAAAGAUUAAAGAAGACGUUCAACAAAUAUUUGAGAAAUGUGAGACUCUAUCUCAAUCUAUAGUUCCAUAUGAAGACACUGAUUGCAGGAGCAUACUGAGUCGAGCAUUAGAUGUUCCCGAGUAUUCUGGUCGGGUGAGGGGCAAGGGAUUUGGGAUCACUCAAAAAUCCUUGAAUAUUAAAAAACAAAAGACUCCUAGCAAUAAAGAACUGCAGCAAACUUUGGAAGCAUUAAAAGCUGAAGUUCUUGAAUUAAGAAAGGAAAGAGAAAGAGAUCGAGCAGCGGGUUUUAAAGAUACUAGUGACAAAGAUAGUAUCAAUUGUAAUUUUCAACCGACUAUUCCAGAGGGCAUUUCACCUUGUCACCUCUACUUAGCGAGACCGACUUAUCGGAUGGUUGGCAAGGGGAAAGUUCAUAACAAUUUGGGUGAAUUACUUCACACUAAACCGCUCCCUACUGGAUCUUUGAAAGUCUCGGUUGAUAUUGCUUUGGAGAAGGAUGCGUUAUUACCACAUCCUGACGAUGUUUCGGAUGCAACUUUAUUGGGAGAUGCCAUAGGUUCAUUUGUUGCAUGGCCGACAGACCUCAUUAUCGUAGGAUAUGAGACUCCCACAAAAUCCAAAGCAAAAGAUAAGGGGAUUGCGCGGGAAAUCGAGUCAGUUCCAUCGCAAAAAGAGGUACAUCACAAUUAUAUGCUAUUUAGAUUCCUGUUAAUUCGUCAUCUUACACUUCACCUUACUAAUUAUAUGAUAUUUAGAUUCCUGUUGCUAAGAAGACUGAAAUUUCCAAGAGGACCGGGGCUAAAAAGAAAAAUCCUUCCAAGUAUAGAGCGUGCCUCCAUACAUAUUUAG